AUGUCUCAGUCUGAUCAUCUUGCCGCAGCACCUAAUCCUCAAAACCUCGAUCAAUUCCACUCAAAAUUAAAAUUUCAAUCCCUUGAGAUCAUUAACCAAAUUUUUCCUCGUAAAAUUUUAGAAUUAAAUAAUUUAUCACAAUAUCAAAAAGACGGUUCUGUAACUAACUUCAAAUUUCCUUCUUUGGUUCAAAAUGAUGAUGUAAAAUCCCGUAAACGACGUAGAGAUGAGAUCAAUGAUCAUUCUCAAAUUGUUGAAGACGUAAAAGACGCUAAUGAUGCCUUGUGUGAUGCUAUUCGUACAAAGAAUAGUGAUCGUAUUGAUAACAACGAUAACACAGAUUUCUUGAAUAAUGGAAAUGAUUAUUUUCGUAUCAAGGAGUUACACAAAAUUCUUGAAGAUGAAGUUGCUUGUUUUGCUGGAUAUUGUUGUAAAUUGAGAGCUUGGGUUACUCUUAAAUAUCCAAGGUUCGAUUAUGCUAGAUAA